AUGGACACUUGUAAUACAAACAAGUCAGUUGAUGAUCUUGCAACAAAGGAAGAGAAAAAUAUGAUUAUACCAUCAUUGAUCUUACCUAAGACAGACAAACCCAUUGUGGUUAUUCUGACUCCGGAAUUGAAUGAUACGUACUCUGGCGAUUCUUGGCGAUUUUCAUUCGAUCAGCUAGCUGCAAAGUUUCAAAUGAUUGGUGCUCAUGCGAUAUCACUACCAUGGCCCAAAGCACCCAUUAUACAUAAUUCUUCAUCUUCGAUUCGAUAUGUAGCCAAUCUUGCUUGGGGCUAUCAUACUAUCGUUGAUCGAUGGACAAAAUGGCUCCAUAGUUGGCCAAAAGAUACGAUAUUAAUCAAUUCUCCAUCGCUUCUUCUGUGGAAUACUCGAAAAACUUACUUGAAAGAAUUGGAGAAAGCAAAUAUUUCAGUCAUUCCAACAUUGUAUGUCGAACAGAUUGAUGAAAAAAUACUGAAUGAUGCUGCAGCACAUUUUUCCAGUUCUGACCUAAUCGUCAAACCUCAAGUGUCGGCAUCUGGUUUUAAUAUGGUACGCGUAUUGGUUGGCAGUUCGGACUUUGCUUCGUCACCAAAAUCAUUGAGUGUCACUGCGGCUAUUGAUGAGUUAAUACGCUUGGGUGCUGCUCAAUCGGCAUCGAUGAUUCAACCUUUCAUGCCAGAUGUUAUUCGUGAAGGUGAAGUUUCAGUACUCAUGUUUGCUGGACGGUUGAGUCAUGCAGUUCGAAAGUGUGCAUCACCCGACGAUUAUCGCGUACAACAUGAAUAUGGUGGCAUUGCAACUGUUAUAGAUCAACCUUCAGCUGAAAUAAUUGAAUUGGCUCAUGCUUCGCUAGCAAUCUGCCCUGAAACUCCUAUCUAUGCACGUAUCGAUAUGAUACAUGAUCACUUGAAUAGACGUUGGUGCAUCAGUGAACUUGAACUUAUCGAGCCAUAUCUGUUUUUAAAUGAAGCACCUGAUGGAGGCUUGACAUUUGCACGUGCCAUCAUGCAAUUUCCUUAUUUGAGUUAA